GCGACCCCUCCGUGCCCCCCGGCCCGUCUCCGCGCUCACCGCACCUGCGCUAUCCGCUCUUGCCUUCUUUCUUCAGCCGAGGCCUCCGCUGCCUCCCCUUUCUGCCGCCAUGGAGUCCUCCGGUUUCGCCUUGGUGCCUGCCUUAGUCCAUCUGAGCAACCUCCCAGCUGUUGGUGCUGCCUCCUUCGUUGCCAUCCGUGCCCAGCGCCUCUUUUGCAGCCAUGUCACUCCUGGCGACCCUGGGGCUGGAGCUGGACAGGACCCUGCUCCCAGCUAGCGGGCUGGGCUGGCUCGUAGACUAUGGGAAACUCCCCCUGGCCCCUGCCCCCCUGGGCCCCUAUGAGGUCCUUGGGGGAGCCCUGGAGGGCGGGCUUCCAGGGGGAGGAGAGCCCCUGGCAGGAGACGGCUUCUCUGACUGGAUGACUGAGCGGGUUGACUUCACAGCCCUCCUUCCUCUGGAGCCUCCCUUUCCCCCUGGUGCCCUUCCCCCACCUUCCCCGCCCCCACCUGAUCUGGAAGCCAUGGCCUCCCUCCUCAAGAAGGAGCUGGAGCAGAUGGAAGACUUCUUUCUUGAUGCCCCACUCCUCCCGCCACCCUCCCCUCCUCCGCCACCCCCACAAGUUCCUCCUCUCCCCCUCCCCACCUUAGACCUCCCCCAGCCCCCUGCCCUGGAUACCCUCGACUUGCUGGCCAUCUACUGCCGCAGUGAGACUGGGCAGGGGGAUGCUGUGGGGUUGGCACCCCUGCCCCCACCACAGCAGCCCCCUCCUCCCCCACCUCAGCCCUCUCGCCCAGCCCCGUACCCCAACGCUGCCACCACCCGAGGGGACCGCAAGCAGAAGAAGAGAGACCAAAACAAGUCAGCAGCUCUGAGGUACCGCCAGAGGAAGCGGGCAGAGGGCGAGGCCCUGGAGGGCGAGUGCCAGGGGCUGGAGGCUCGGAACCGGGAGCUGAGGGAAAGGGCUGAGUCGGUGGAGCGGGAGAUCCAGUACGUCAAGGAUCUGCUCAUUGAAGUGUACAAGGCUCGAAGCCAGAGGACACGCAACAGCUAGAUGGGCAGGGGCUUUGGCCUGUAGGGGGCACUGGUAUUCAGCUCUGGGUCACUUCCGUUUCUGUGGCUGAGGUGGGACCCCUUCAUCAUCCCUCUACCUCCAGCUUCACUCUACACCCUUCCCUCCUUUAUUUUUAUCCUUGUCUCCUUUCUAGCCCAUUUCUGAAUUUGGUCCCCUACUCCAUCCUCAGAACUUUGGAAUGUUUGGCCUUAGUUAACAUCUCCAUCCCUCAAGUAUCAGCUGAGGAACUGAGAGCUACAGGGAAUUCAGGGAGCAGAUCAGCGCUUGGAAAUAGGGCCUCUUGAGUCCCAAAUCAGUGCUUUCUUGCAAGUUGUUCUCGGUGCGGGGUGGAGUGGUCCUGGCUGGAACCUAGAGGUGGGGCCAGGAAGCUAUGCAGAAUUACUAUGCCAAUGAGAACAGGGACUCUGGAUAGGUAAGUCAGGGAGCACUUCAAGAAAAAGCAAAAAAACCAAGCCAAGUGACCUUGGGGAGAACUACUUUUGGGGAGAGAGUCCAGAGGUGGCCAAGUUCACAGAGCAGGUGAAUAUACAGGCAUUGGGGAGGAAGGGGCAGGGUGGGGAAUGGCCAUAGUUGGUGACUGGGUGUUCAAUUUUAGCUCUGGGAGGAAAUCAGUGUUUUGUGAAGGUGUUGGGGGACAGGGCUGUAUCUAGGUGAGGGGGGGGGGAGUGAUCCUUUGGGGGUUUGUGAACAAAAAUAAAAUGACUUUCCUCUUGGUC